GUCUUCUAAACUUUAUUUGGUGGGAAAAGGAUUGGGUUUGAAUGGCUGCACUGAGUGGGUGAAUUUAAACGCAACCAGGAAGUUUCUGCGGUGCUGGACAGAGUGUGGCAAAGUAUAUAUAGCAUUGUUUCUAUUUGCAUUUAUGCUUCUGUCAAGUGCGUGAGCAUUGUUUUUCAAGGACAAUGUGCUUCCUUCUUCCCUCCGCCUGGAUUUGCUUUCUCAGAGGGACCUUCUUCAUUUUCAGGGGAAGACAGUAUGGGAGGAAGUUCAUCCCAACCUGAAUGCAACACUGCCCAAACCACACCAACUACUGCUGCACCCUGUACCUGUGACUACCCCAAAAAAGAACUCCAACUGGUCUUAGCCUUUCUUGGUGGGAUUCUACUGGCACUACUGUUGAUGACGAUUGUCCUCCUUAUCAUAAAGUGCUACAGGAAAUGUCACUCAAGUCGCCAGGCGCUGGAUCCUCACUCAGAUUCUCUGGCCGAGUUUCCAUCCACCCCAGACAAGGCACUCACCUCUGCUGGCAUGGAUUUCAAAAUUUCGGAAGAAACGACAGACCAGUGCAGAGCAAACUAUCCAGCAAACACAGAUACUGUUGUCUACGCUCAGAUCGUGUGACGAGCUCACCCUGAAUUUCCAGUAAGGCUUGGAUCCUGUUCCUCUCUCAUCAGCGUCAUCUUCGUACAUCACUUUCCCUUCUUAGGAAUUUGGAACCAUAGUCUGGGUGAAACUGCAGAUGGAGCUGUUUGGGUGCGAUUUGGCCAUCCCAGCCUGCAGUUUUGUGUUCCAGGCCAGGCUUUUGCUUGGCUCAAGAAAAGAUUGCUGGCCUUCCCACUUGUACUGACAGCACUGUGAGCCCCCUCAAGGCCAAGUCUGCCUCCCUUCGUUCCCUCCCAAAGUACACGGCACAGACUCCACGGACCAAGAGUGUUCACUCAGUGUCAUGGGCCCACCUGGGAGGAGGCAACCAAAUGAACAGUCUAGCAAGAAUUACAAAUAAAAUCAAACCCCGGGCAAUGUUGGCUCCUUCUUCAUCAUAUCUCCCUGUUACCUCCAAAUACUGGGGCCAAACCUGCGGAGCUCGUCCCCAGCCAGAAGGGACUAGCAGAGGUGAUGGUCCUUAAGUUCAGGGCUAAUCCAGGCACAGGUCUCAGCCUCUACCACCCCCAGGCUACAUUUAUUUAGACCUGAAAACACCUCUUAGGGUGAGAAUAAAUGAGAUGGAACAUACACGUGCCCUCUGCAUAUCCCAGAGUUCCACACUCAGGAGGUCCCUGCGGUGUGCAGCACUGUUCAGAUGCGGACGUUCAUCUCCUUCCAGGAGCCUGAGGUUUGCAGAGCAAUGUUUGCUGGGAACCAGAGACUAAUCUAUUAAUCCCCCCGAGGCCCAAUGGAUAAUUCCACAGAUGGUCCCAGUGAAAAUACCAACAAGAUUGUUUUUCACUCAGCAAGAUGACUCUAAAGUUACUCUGUUAAAAAUAACCCAAAAAAGCAAAUCCAGAAAAGUUUAUAAAAAUAAGUAAACAGGUGAAAGUAAUAUGGGAAGCCUGGCCCCAACAGUUCAUUGGAAGUCCUAUUUUUAUUAAGCAUAGGGAGACAAAUUAAAGUGAUAUGUUAAUAGUACAUGAAUAAACAAGUCAAUGGCAUAGAAUAAAAAGACCAGAAAUAGACCAAAAUGUGUAGCAAAAUUCAGAUGUGAUGAAAUUGCACCCAAAUAUUUGGGGGAAAUGGUUUAUAUAGUGAACGGUAUGAGACAAGCCGGUAGCCAUGUAGAUGAAAAUAUAAUUGGACCUAUUUCUCAUUCCCUCCUUACACAAAAAUAAACUCCAGCUGUGUCAAAAUUUUAACUGUAAAAAAAUCAUUCAAGUACUAGAAGGUAAUACAAAAUAAUUUAAAAAAUAAUUUCAGAAUGAAGCAUGCCUUUUGACUAUAUGACACAAAGCCCAGAAACCAAAAAAGAUUGAUUAACUUGACCUAGGAAAUGCCUUUCAUAGGCAAAGGAGACAAAGGAAAAGCUUAGCAAAUAUUUGCAAAGCAUCUCAUUGACAAAGGCUGAUUUUCUUAGUGUAGUAGGAGCACUUCGAGGACUCAGUUAAAAAAGGAGGGGGACAAAGGAGAAGGUUUGGGGUUACACAGGAAAGGAAAUAUAAAUGGCUUUACAUAUAUGAAGAGAUGCUCAACUAAUCAUUUCAUCAUAAGAGAAAGAGUGAUGGGAAAUACACUUAGAUAGUUUCCAUCAAUGAGAUCAGCAAAAUUCACCGUGUUUGCUGACAAACGGGGCAAGAUUGUGGGGAGCCAAGGCACACGCACGUUCUGGGUCAGGGAGAAGCUGGGCAGAACUACCAUGGAGGCAACGUGGCGACUGCUAACACCAUCUGCAAGUCCUCUUCGAAGAACGUAUCCGACUGAAACACGUGGCAAGUCAUCUGUGAGGGUUCAGAGCCGAUGGCCCUGGGGUGCACUCCUUGGCACGGGGAUUAGUUCGAGCUGAAGGUAACUGAGACCCUGCAUUCACCUCUCCCUUGGAGAAGUUAAAGGAAAGCCCGUGCUCACAAGGAGAGUUGUCACCAGAAAUAACUUUUUAUGACCUAUUUCUGUGGCAGGGCAAACAUCCAGUUACUGCAGGUCUGUUCUUCCUACCGCCCUACGGACGAUGCCUUCCCCUGACACCCUCAGGCUCCCUACCUCGCUCCUUUGUCCGGGUGUCUCCAAUUCCUGGUUUCCCCUUUCUGCCUCCGAACCUCUCAGGUGUGCGGGGCCCGUGCCUCUCUCAUGCAUGUGGGGUUCCCGUGCGCACAAAAUUAAAUUUGACUUUUUCCGUU